AUGUCCAAAUACGCUUGGUAUACUAGGGUAACGGAUGCAGCCCAUCGUUUGACUGUUUUGACCCUUGUCGGUGGGACUCUGUACAUGAGUGGGGGCCUUAUUUACACCAUGUACAUGAAUGGAAAGAAAUAUGAGCAACAGGUCACUAAUAAACCUGUAGAAACAGAAGACGAUAAAGCUGAAUAG